AUGGGUGUGAUCUGCCUGCAUCCGAGUGGUGACACGACACGAUGCAGCGAUGGACACAACUACCAGAUGGCACAACCGGACCGUCGCACCUCAAGAUCGACCAAGACGCUGCACCGCCAUGCUGCAAGUGCAGAGCCUCUUCCCUGUUACAGCAGUGAUAGCCAGCACCAUCGGUCCGGCGAGACCUUGGUGGAUUAUCCCACGCCGCUGUUUCACGCUCUGACGCAGCCCAUGUUUCUCGAAGCAAAAGAGCUACCUACCGAAGGGCCCGCCGCCCAGGUGCUGGGUCUGGCGGGGCCUGUAAACUCUGUCACAGGCCGUCUCACAGAUGGACAGGCGGAUCUUGGAACAACGCACCAAAACAAGGUGUCCGGGCCGCUCUGUCACAAAAGAGCUAUGGCCAACGCACGCGCGCACAUCCAUGAUACAGUUUCGCCAGGGACCGAGGAAGGAUUUCGAAAGUGCCAUCGACUUGGAACUUUGAAGGAGGGGUCUGGAGGAGCGACCGAGCGAAAUGCAAAACUACUGCAAGGUACGAUUGUGAUGUGCUGUGCCGGCAAGUAUGCAGAUGCGUGUCUGCCUGAGUGUGUCUGGUCUUGCAGCUGGAACAACCAUCUUACCUUACUCGACAGAGCUAUCGAUGACCGUCUGGUGAGCCUCAAAGCUUGCUCCACCUGA